UAUGGUGAAGAUAGAACAUUUUAUUCAAAGUUCAGAGAAUCGCAUACGUGCAUCUUUAUGUCAAUAGCUUUUAAUUUGUAACCAUAGAGCGAUUAUUUAUUAAAUUGUCUUUUAAAACAUAAACAAUGUUGAUCAAAGUGAAGACUCUUACCGGAAAGGAGAUUGAAAUAGAUAUAGAACCUACAGAUAAAGUAGAAAGGAUCAAGGAGAGAGUGGAAGAAAAAGAAGGGAUACCGCCUCAACAACAGCGAUUGAUAUUUUCUGGAAAGCAAAUGAAUGACGAAAAAACGGCGCAAGAUUAUAAAGUUCAAGGUGGAUCAGUACUGCAUUUGGUACUCGCAUUGAGAGGGGGUUUAUAAUUACGACAUUCCUUGUUGUGGAAUGUAUGUGCGAGUGUGUGUGUGUGAAUAUUACAGAUUGUAUAAGAUCAGCCACAAAUAUAAUAGGAUGCUUUCCAACGUUACAUUCGCUGCGCUUUGUUUGCAAGGACUUGUAAUCGUCUUUGUAUCUCUCUUUGAUUGAACGGUUACAUUUAGAAUUGAAAUAAAUAUUAAUAAAAGUAAUUUAGUUAUAGAAACCUAA